AUGAUAUCGACCGUGACGAUAGACCACAGCACUCAUCCGGACAUCAUCGAGUGUAUCCUGUCUCACGCCCCCGUCGGAGCCCUGAUCCGCCUCCGCGCCACCUCGCGCGCGUACCACGAGCGCAUCUCGCCCUCCCUCCUCGCGCACGUCGUGCUCGUGCGACACCCGGACCGGCAUGCCUGUGGGUUUGCCGUGCCGCCCGAGGCGGCGCACGACGGAGGCCACAGGCUACCGUAUGCGCUGCAGUUUGUGCGCAGGCUGCGAAUCCUGCAUCCCUCGUUGAGCCCGGAGACCAUCCAUGCAGUUGCGCCGUCACUCGACACCCUGGUCCGGGUCGGGACCAUUGGCCCCUUGCGCAAGAUGGACCUUGUGAACAACGCCCUGGAACACGUGCACACGACUGUGGAUCACAUCGAUGCCGGGCUCAUCUUCGAGCGAUGGCGCGAUACGCUCUUCCUCCCCGCCAACACGCGCCGGUUCGUGGUCCACAUCGCGUGGAACGUCGGCCGGUGGGACGAGCUGGCGAAAGAGCUCUCCAUCGUGCCGAAGUACACUACAGGUCCUGACGGAAGAGAGCUCAGCAUCGUGCGCGAGAUCGUCGUCGUCCUCUGGCCUAGGGGGAUGCCGACGGACGAGCAACCGACCUACAACCCAGCGAUCAUCCCGAUGUCACACCGCGAGAACACGGGGCCGAGCCGGCUCAUGCCCGUGUUCUGGCUGCUGAACCGCGGGCUCGGGAAGGCGAUCCUCAGCGGCGCGAGCGUCACCGUUGUUGGGCUGGAACGGUGCCCGCCGUGCCAGAUUGGCGGGGACGAGAACACGCGCACACAGCUGCCGAGCAAGGACGUGUGCUUCUGCACCUUUGCUCAGGGCAUCGAGGCCGAGUGGGCCGAGUGUGGGGUCGCCCCUGCGCGAGCGGCGGCGUGUAUGCGGAAUCUGCGCAUGGUGACCCUCGAAGACUGGCAGGCCGAGCUCGGCGACCGGCGCGAUAUCGAAGGCGAGUGGCGUGGACUCCCUGAAGAGUGGUGUAUCAAGCACUGGGCGAGGCAUGUGGAGGGGGGCAAGUGUUGGAGGUGUAGGGAGGAGGCCGUGGAGGUGAAGCGAUGUCACGAUGAGGAGGUGAAGCGGAAACGGGCGGAGAUGAGUGUCGGCAGCUAG